AGUAAAGGAAAAUUGGGAAGGUCUUUGGUUUCUAAGAAUCAAAGCAUUCUGUUUCCCUUGUUAUCUGAUGGAGAAGGAACGAUAAAUUCAACUGAAGAAGCUUAGAGGAAAAUGGCUCCAGCUAGCAAAUCCGACAAGAAGGCUGCUGUUGAUGCAGCCUCAUGGAUGUUCAAUGUCGUGACUUCCGUUGGGAUCAUCCUUGUCAAUAAAGCCUUGAUGGCCACUUACGGUUUCAGCUUUGCCACUACAUUAACUGGUUUGCACUUUGCCACAACCACCUUGAUGACCCUUGUUCUCCGCUGGCUAGGGUAUAUCCAGCCCUCCCAUCUACCACUAUCCGAUCUUUUAAAAUUUGUCCUCUUCGCUAACUUCUCCAUUGUUGGAAUGAACGUGAGUCUAAUGUGGAACUCUGUGGGAUUUUAUCAGAUUGCAAAAUUGAGUAUGAUCCCUGUAUCCUGCCUUCUUGAAGUUGUCCUGGACAAGAUUCGAUACUCUAGAGAUACAAAACUUAGCAUAUCAGUGGUUUUGAUGGGUGUUGGAGUAUGCACUAUCACUGAUGUGAGUGUUAAUACUAGAGGCUUCAUUGCCGCCUUUGUGGCAGUAUGGAGCACUUCUCUGCAACAGUAUUAUGUACAUUACCUUCAAAGGAAGUAUUCACUUGGAUCUUUCAGCCUACUAGGCCAUACUGCACCAGCUCAGGCUGCUUCCCUGCUAUUGUUGGGGCCAUUUCUGGAUUACUGGUUGACAAACAAAAGAGUUGACACCUAUGACUAUAAUAUAGUGUCUGUGUUGUUCAUCAUGUUGUCAUGCACAAUUGCAGUAGGGACCAACCUUAGCCAAUUCAUCUGCAUCGGCAGAUUCACAGCUGUGACCUUCCAAGUACUUGGUCACAUGAAGACUAUACUUGUCUUGAUUUUGGGAUUCAUCUUCUUUGGGAAAGAAGGUCUGAAUGUACAAGUCAUUCUUGGCAUGGUCAUAGCAGUUGUGGGGAUGAUCUGGUAUGGCAAUGCAUCGUCUAAACCAGGAGGUAAAGAGCGUCGGACUCUAUCAAUACCUAUCAGUAGACCGCAAAAACAUGGUGGGAUAUCUGAAGCCAGUGAACUUGAUGGGAAAGUCUAGACUUAACAGAAGAUGAUUGUUUGAUUUCUGUAACCUAAUUUACUUUUGAAGCUUAGAGCCUUGCUUUCAUCAAAUUUUUUUUUCUUUUAAAUUUUGAGUCCCCAUUUUCUUCUCAUGGAUAGGAUGCAGAUUCCUUAAGUCAUUCCUCUUUGUUAAAUCAUUAUUUAUAGUAAUUUAUUUUCUUCC